UCGCCAGCUCUCUUUCCUUCUCUCCCACGUGAUCCGGAGUGCUGCAGCGUGGAGCGAGGCCUGAGUUGGAAGCAGCAUGGCGGAGCAGCGUUCAGUGCCCAGUGAUCUCUUCCCUCACGUGUUGCGUUUUCUGCGCGAUAACCAAUUCACUAACGCUGCUAAGGAAUUCAGCAAGGCUACUGGCGUGAAAGAUAAUGACCCAAGCCCAGCUUCGCUUGUGGAUAUAUACAGUGAUUGGAUAAAGUCACCUGGCGCACAGAAGAGAAAAACACCUGUCAAUGGUGUCCCUGCUAAAAAAACUGUGAAAGAUUCCUCCAGCAGUGAUGAUAGCUCCAGUGAAGAUGAUGAGCCACCUGCAAAAAAGAAAUCUGUGCCAGCUGGAGCGAAAAAGCCAGCAGCUAAAGCUGCACCAACAAAGAAAGCGGAAAGCAGCAGUGAUGAUGAUUCCAGUGAUGAUGAAGCAGCCAAGAAACCUCCUCCAAAAAAGGCAACUCCAAAGGCAAAGACCUUAACCAAGACUGCAGCUCAAAAGAAAGCAGAGAGUUCUAGCUCAGAUAGUAGCAGUUCUGAAGAUGAGUCCGCUAAAAAAACAACCAAAUCUCCAGCGACAAAAGCUGCAGCCUCCAAGAGUACUCCAACUGCAACAAAAAGAAAGAAGGACAAAAGCAGCAGCGAAGAAUCAGAUGACGGCGCCCCAGCAAAGAAAACUCCUGUAGCAAAAACACCACCUGCAGCAAAAACACCACCUGCGAAGUCUCCUGCUGCUGCAAAACCCCAACCAAACAAAGCAGCGGCCGGGAAGAAGGGUUCCAGUAGUGAUGACUCCUCAGAUUCAGACAGCUCUGAUGACGACAAGGCAGCAAAGAAACCAAAGCCAGGUCUUUACAGUGCAGUGCCCCCACCCUCCAAAAAUGUAACUCCUGUGGCAAAGAAAGCCAAAAUCGCUAAUAACGAACAGCCAGCAAAAAAAGUUCCAGAGAAGUCACCUGCCUCUGCAACCAAGCCUAAUGCUAAGAAAGCGGAGUCCAGCUCAGACAGUGAUUCUGAUUCCAGUAGCGACGAGGAUAAGAAAACACCGGCUAAACCAGCUAAGACCAAACCUACCCCAAAAUCUACACCUGCAGCUAAAGCUACCCCUAAAACGGCACAGAAAGAUGCCGAUUCUAGCUCUGAUUCCAGUAGUGAUGAAGAAAAAAAAAACCCUGCCAAGCCAGUGGCUAAAGCGGCUCCCGCCAAGCCAGUGGCUAAAGCGGCUCCCAGCAAGCCUGCCGAUAAAGCCACUGCAAAAAAUGCAGUGAAAAAAAGUAAAGAAUCGAGUUCCGAUAGCUCAGAUUCCAGUAGUGAAGAUGAGAAAGCGACUACUAAAAUAGCCAAGCAAACCCCAAAAGCGACACCUGUGAAGGCGUCUGCUAAAACAACCCCCAAACCAGCACAGGCAAAAAAGGAUUCUAGCUCUGACAGUUCUGAUUCAAGUAGUGAUGAAGAUGAAAAGAAAAAAACAGCGAAGCCCUCCACAAAAACGCCUCCUGCAAAGGCUGCUGCAAAGUCCACCCCGGCAAAGACCCCUCCAAAGAAAAAAGAAUCCAGUUCAGACAGCUCCGAUUCCGAAGAGGAAAGUAAAAAACCUACUCCGAAAGUAACACCUAAACAAACUCCAGCAGCAAAGCCAGUACAGGCCAAAAAAGCAGACAGCAGCUCGGACAGCUCCAGUGACUCAGAGGAAGAGGUAAAGAAAGCCCCGGCUAAACCGCCAACCAAGCCCGCUGCAAAUGCCAAUGCGAAGGCUGCAGCUCCAAAAAAGGCGGCUGCGAAAGACAGUAGCUCUGACGAUAGCUCAAGUGAAGAGGAAAGCAAGAAGAAAACUGCAAAAUCCCCUGCGGCUAAAGCAGCUGUCAAGAAACCAGUGGCGGUGAAUAAAGCCAAGGCUAGCAGUAGCUCCUCAUCGGACUCUUCCAGUGACGAAGACGACAAGCCCAAACAGCCACCAGCAAAAAAAGCUAAGCCUGCCGCUCCUAAAAAAGAUGCCAGUAGCAGCUCCGAAGAUAGCUCAGAGGAUGAGAAGGCUAAGCCAAAAACGCCAGCUGCUAAAUCCCCUUCAGCUGCAGCAAAGCCGUCCAAGAAAAAGGAAAGCAGCAGUGACAGCUCUGAUUCUGAAGACGAAGCGCCUCCAAAGAAAAGUGUUUCCACCCCCAAAAAUGCAACUUCUACACCUAAAGUCGCGUCCAAUAAAGCAAAGUCCAGUUCAGAGGAAAGCUCUUCCAGUGAGGAAGAUGACCAAGUAAAUGGUAUCUCUGGUAAGAAGAAAAGGAAAAAGACAGCAGGAGCGACCGAACAAGAUGAAAAGACGCCCACCAACAAGAAAAUCAAAUCUGAUACCCCAAACACAUUUCCCAAGGUUAACAAGAAGGAAGUUCACAAACCUACCCCAUUUCGGCGGGUAAGAGAAGAGGAAGUAGACGUUGACCCUCGUAUGGCUAAUAACUCUUUUGAAGCAAAGAGAGGAGCAUUCGGAGACUGGGGGGAGAGAGCAAAUAAUGUCCUGAAAUUUACAAAAGGAAAAUCAUUCCGUCAUGAGAAGACAAAGAAAAAGCGUGGAAGUUACUGUGGUGGUGCAAUUUCUACAACGAUUAAUUCCAUUAAAUUUGACAGUGAAUAAACAAAGGUUUUAAUUAA